ACCCAUCCAAGGUAUACACACAACCCCAAACCUCUCUCACUCUCUCUAAACAUGUAUAUCUAUAAGUAGAUGUUGACCAUUGGUCAGCAGGACUUAUAGCAUAGUUAGAGGCAUGAUCAUUCAUUUCCUCUGCGAAAGAAAAAACAUCUCUUCAUAUUAAUACUUUUUUUUUUCUCGAGAAAAAAAAACUGAAUUUGCCUGACAGAGUCAAUCUGAUUGGUUUCGCGGCAGCGGUUUCCACCGUGAAAAAUUUUGCUUGUAAUUUCAAAACACUUUUUGGAAACCUUAUCUCUUUCGCUGGCGACAGAGUCAGGAAAGCUUAACUGGGUAGUUUUUAUAGUGGAGGGGAAGGGUGUGAAAUGAUAGGGCUUGAGGGUUUGAAGAGUGAGGAGUUAGACAAGUGCUUUGAGAGGCUGAUGGUGUUUGGCGGUGGUGGAAUUGGUGGUGGGAAGAUGGGUGGUGGUCGGGGGGUGAUCACUGAGUGGAAGGACAUACCCAUGGAGCUUUUGUUGAGGAUUGUUUCACUGGUUGAUGAUCGGACGGUGAUCGUGGCUUCUGGGGUUUGUAGUGGAUGGAGGGAUGCUAUUUGCUGGGGACUCACCCAUCUUUCCUUCUCUUGGUGCAAGGAAAAUAUGAACAACUUGGUCCUGUCUCUUGCUCCAAAAUUCACAAAACUGGAGGUUUUAAUUCUGCGACAUGAUAGAUCACAACUUCUGGAUAACGCUGUUGAGACUAUUGCAAAUUGCUGCCAUGACCUGCUAGACCUGGACCUCAGCAAGAGCUUCAAGCUCACUGACCAGUCCCUAUAUGCCUUAGCUCGUGGUUGUCCAAAUCUUAUGAAGCUGAAUAUCAGUGGGUGCUCAGCCUUCAGUGAUAUUGCUGUCGCCUAUCUGUCUGGUUUUUGCAGAAAACUAAAAUCCUUGAAUCUCUGUGGAUGUGUGAAAGCUGCAUCUGACAAAGCAUUGAAGGCUAUCGGUUAUAACUGCAAUCAAUUGCAGUCUUUGAAUCUAGGAUGGUGUGAGAAUGUUGGUGAUGUAGGGGUGAUGAGUUUAGCAUAUGGAUGCCCUGAUCUAAGAGCCCUGGACUUAUGCGGUUGUGUUCUUAUAACAGAUGAGAGUGUAAUUGCUUUGGCAAACAAUUGCCUUCAUCUCAGAUCCCUUGGUCUCUACUACUGCCAGAAUAUCACGGACAGAGCAAUGUAUUCUUUGGCUCACAGUCGAGUGAAGAACAAGCAUGAAGUGUGGGAGUCCGUGAAAAGCAGGUACGAGGAGGAAGGGCUUAUUAAUCUGAACAUUAGCCAGUGCACAGCCCUUACUCCUCCGGCUGUUCAGGCCUUGUGUGACUGUUUUCCUGCACUCCACACCUGCCCAGGACGACAUUCCCUCAUCAUAAGUGGCUGUUUGAGAUUAACAUCUGUGCACUGUGCCUGUGCUGUUCAAGCACAUCGUGCAGCCAACGCACUUCCUAAUGCAGCUCAUUAA